UCAGAAUUUUAAAGCUGAGAAGAUGGUUUUUUUAUUCCCCUGAACAAAUCAGGAUAUUUUCUUCAACUAUUUUUCCAAAUGAAGCAUUAAAAAUGAUGAAAUGUUUUUUGACACACAGAAGGGAGUACAAAGUAAUGUAAGAACACUUGUGUCCUCACCACUUCUCCUGAAUGAGAAUCUUGUUGGUACAGUUGCCUCUGUGCAUUCCAUCCCAAUCUCACCUUCCUUCCCUCCUCAGCAGUGACCACUGUGCCAACCUGGGCAUUUAUCAUAUCCCUGCAGCUUAUGUGUCUUGGCAGUUAUCUGUCAGCUGGGUGCUAUCGGUGUGUUGCAGUGGCAGUUAAUGUUAUUUUUCUGAGGAAUCUUACUUUAUUUCUUUGCUUUUUGGCCAUUAUUUUACAAAUCGGCUCCUGUUUUGUUCCAGGACUGAGCCAUGCCACCUGCACUCUCCCCACCAUAUUUUAUUAAUAUAGUGUGAUUAGGAAUUAAAAUAUACUCGGUUUCGGAGCCUACAGCUGUGGAACAAAGGAGCAGCUCCACAGGCUGGCAUUUUUUUUUUUUUUUUUAAUUCCCAUCAUGAUCUGAAGUCAAAUUGGUAUAAAGAGCCUUACCAUAAAUAAUCUUAAGGAUCUCAUGGCUGAAACUAUUUCUGAGGGUUGUUGUUCAGUCAGUAAGUCAUGUCCAACUCUUUUGUGACCCCAUGGGCGAAGUGGACUAGGUCCAAAUUCAGUUCAAGUUUCAGGUAGAUGAGCUUAUUAUGUGCUUCUAACAUUUUCUCCAGAUUUAAAAAAUUGAGCAUGGUAUUCCUCACUUGUGGUUUGCCUUGUUGAAGACUCGCAUUAGCAAAUGGUCUGGACUUGGUCACAUGAGAGCUUCCCACCGCCACCCCCCACCACCCGCUCCAGAUCUAAAGGAAAAGACUUCCUCAAGAGGGCACAGAAUUAAAAUAGUCUUCUCCAAAAAGACAGACAAAAAACAGAAACCAAAAAGACCAGUAAGUUGCUAAUUAAGAUGCAGCUCCAAAGUGGAAGAGUUGCUGAUUCAGUGUAAUUAGUUUAUGUGGGAAAAAAAUGUAGAGACUGAGACUUUUAGGGAAAGAUAGAUAAGAGGAAAGUAGGUAAUAAGCUGAGUAAGAAGCAAGAAUUGCAGUUGUGAUGCAGGUUAGGGACUGGGCUAGCAGUAGACAAGAAGCUGCUUUGGGAUUAUAUGCUUGAGACAAAAUUGGCUUAGAAAGAGAAUGGCUCGAAAAUAUCAAAUCACUGGCUCUUAGUAUCUGGAACACAGUGAAUACUCUGGAGUUAAUUGAUGAUUCACUGAUAGAGUCUCAUCAACUAAUAAAUGUUUUCCAGUAAGAGCAUAUAUUUGUGUACAUGAUAGUUUUCCACAUAUGAAGAUGUGUUAUAUCUUAUCUGAGUAACAUUUAUUAAAUAACUACUUUUAAAAGGUAAUCCAGAUGGUCGUCCUUUUGUCAUCUUUAAAGUAGUUCUAUGAGAUAAGGAUGAUGUGGGAAAAUAUAUAUAUGUACGUGUAUAUAUAUUAUAUUUAAAUAGACUCUGCUAAAGUUCAGUGACUGAAGGUUGUGCACAAAUUCUUCAUUUCUUUCAUAAAACUAAUUUUGUUGAAUUUUCCGUAAAAAGUGCAACUGCUGAACAUUCUUGUGAUAGCUUCUUUGUGACUGUGUCACUGUUCUUGAUUUGCACACGCCUUAUAAUUUAAGCCUUCUUUUGUUUGGGGUUGGCAGUUCCAACUGUUCAAGCUCUUGUCUGAUUAUGUGGGACUCCUUAUUUUAAUAGGAGCAGCUUCUCUGCUGCAUUUUUUAAAAAUGGUCUCGGAAGCUUCUUACUGUGGAUCUUUGUUAGGGACAAAGGAUUAUUUAUGCUAAAGGAAAAUGUAUUCCCCACUGAAUUAGCUCGUGGGAAGCAUAACAAGCUCAUUAGUAAUGCUCAAUUGUACUUUGGCCUUUUGCUAGGGUAGAGAGAAGGAAAAAUGAUAUCAGGAACAUUCUGCUGUUCUUUGACUUCUUACAAAACCAACAUGAUGUGUAACAUCAGACUUUUCAGAUAGGUUUAGCUCCAUUUCAGCUCUGGUACCAGAAGUGUUCCUGAGAGGAAAGUGGAAUGUGUAGUGGUCACUGUGCCUGAGGUUUCAAGAAUAGUACUUUAGAGUUUGAAUUCCUGUUCCUUUUGGGUUUUUGGGUUUUUGGCUUUAACACCUCGUGGAGAAAAUAACUUAUGAAAAAUUAUUAUAGAAAGAACAGCAGUGUCAUUUCAGUAUAGAUGACCAUGCUGCCUGCAAUUCAAGUGUGGUUUGGAGAAGACCUGCCUCUAAGUCCAAGGAGUCCUCUGACCCCCAGACAUGGGCCAGGUUUGGCUGAUGUUUGUCAGUAUGAUGAGUGGAUAGCUGUGAGGCAUGAGGCCACCCUGUUGCCUAUGCAAGAAGACCUGUCAAUCUGGUUAAAUGGUUUAUUAGGUAUUGAAGUUAAGGCCGAAAGGCUAUUGGAAGAACUUGAUAAUGGAGUGCUGUUAUGCCAACUGAUUGAUGUUCUUCAAAACAUGGUGAAAACAUGCAACUCUGAAGAACCUGUGAAUUUUCCAAUGAGAAAAGUGCCCUGUAAGAAAGAUGCUGCAUCUGGUUCAUUCUUUGCUCGAGACAAUACUGCUAACUUCCUUCACUGGUGCAGGCACAUUGGGGUUGAUGAAACUUACCUCUUUGAAUCUGAAGGUUUAGUUUUGCACAAAGAUCCAAGACAGGUGUAUCUCUGUCUUCUUGAAAUUGGUCGAAUUGUCUCAAGAUAUGGGGUUGAGCCACCAGUAUUAGUAAAACUUGAGAAAGAAAUUGAACUAGAAGAGACUUUACUUAAUACUUCUGGGCCUGAAGAUUCCAUCAGCAUUCCAAAAUCGUGUUGUCAGCAUGAAGAGCUGCACGAAGCUGUUAAACACAUUGCUGAAGACCCUCCUUGUAGUUGUUCUCAUCGGUUUUCAAUUGAGUACUUAUCUGAAGGACGAUAUCGACUAGGAGAUAAAAUACUUUUUAUAAGAAUGCUUCACGGAAAACAUGUCAUGGUCCGUGUCGGUGGAGGCUGGGAUACUCUUCAAGGAUUUUUGCUUAAAUAUGACCCCUGUCGAAUAUUACAAUUUGCUACACUAGAACAGAAAAUUCUAGCAUUUCAAAAAGGAGUUUCCAAUGAAAGUGUGCCUGAUUCGCCCGCCAGAACACCUCAGCCUCCUGAAAUGAAUCCUUUGUCAGCAGUUAGCAUGUUUCAGAAACAAAACUCAAAACCUGGCACACCGGUUGGUAUUCCAAGGGGCAAAGAGAAGCAGAUACAUCUGCCAGCCGCGUUGCCGUCAGCGUCUUCCCUGAAAGGAGGGAAUCUGGCCCCUGGGUCAGUCCGUUCUAAAUUGGCAAAUUCUCCAGCAGCAUCUUAUCUCAAACUCAUGCCUUCAAAGGGCAUAACGAAGAAACCACAGGCUCCUUCUAACAGUGCAUCAUCUUCACAUGCUUCUUUAAAUCCAGUGGGUAAAAGCACUUUUUCACCAGCUUUAUCAAGAGCAGCACCUUGUGUAUCUGAGUCGUUGAGAAAAUGUAUCUCAUCACCCAGUACUCCUAAGACCAAGUGUGUUCCGGCCCAGAAGUCAAGAGAUGUGCCUGAGUCUACACUUCUGCCAAAUAAGUGUUCUGGAAAAACUGAACCAAAGCAUUUGAAACACAAUCAUGUACCUUCCAGGGAUCACGCGGUCUCUCCUUCAGCUGCACAUUUAAAUUCAUCAUCAAAGUGUCCAAAGCUACCUAAGGCACAUCUGCAUGUGAGGCCUAACCCUUCUUCCUUCCAGUCCCCUGCAAAAGUGACAACAACCAGUUCCAAAACUGUCAUUAGGAGUCUGGAAACACGGGCUCAGCCCCAUGGUAGAGCUCCGCAAGCCCAGAAACCUAAGUCGGCCCUGAAUUUAAACCAGCCACUUUCUGUAUCCUCAGUUGCUCCUGCAAAAGCUGCACAGAAAUUGAAAGAUAAGAAUAUGGUUUCAGUUGCCAAAAAGCAGCCUCAGAAUAAAAGCACAUCCCAGAAGACAGGAACCAGCUCCUCCAGGUCCCCAGGCCGUACCCCACUGUCCAUCGUGAGUCUUCCCCAGUCUUCUGCCAAAACACAACCUGAACCAAAGUCAGUACAGACUGCCACCAAGAGCCAGUGCUCAGCUGCUGGGCCUCCCAAAAGUGGCAAAGCCCCAGCUUCAACCAGGAAACCACCCUCAUCUGGCAAGGAGACGGUUAGUGCAGAUAAAAAACCUUCUGCUAAAAAGAAGGAAGACGAUGACCAUUAUUUCGUUAUGACGGGAAGUAAGAAACCUAGAAAAUAAAUAUAAUGUGUCAUUCUAAGAAAACAAGAGAAAGAGAGUAAAUGUGUUAACUUCACAUCCUAAAAGGUUUCUCCUGUUUGUGUUUAUCCAAAUAGGUUCAGACAUUAAGUACAAUAAGAGGGGGUAGAGGCUGAGCCCAGGAGAAGUCUCAUCAGAACUCACAUACCUGAAUUCACCAGAAGGUACCUUUUUGAGGCAGACAGUGGUAAAAUCACCAGAAGGUUCUUAUUAGUUAUAGACAUUUAUACCAUUUUCCAUCCGUGACAUUUUUGUUAAAGUCUCCCCACUAAGGGAAACAUAAAGUCAAAUAACACUACUAGGACUGUAACCAUGGUUGCUGUAUUUUGAGUAUGUGUUAAAAUAUGGCGGUUAUUACCUGCUGAUAGCAGUAGAGGUGCUCUUAUUAUGUUACUGCGUUAUAAUUUAAAAGGAACAGUUUGGCACUUGUCUUGGCACCUAAUUUAGGUUCCUGAUCAGGAUUGUUGGAAGGAACAAUACCGAGUACUGAUGGCUGGUGCACGUUUGCUUGCUGUUGUUACACUGGGUGUGGGAGAAUUGUUACUACUUAAAAAUUUUUUAAGCUUUCCAAAUCAGAAAGAACUGAUUUUUAAACUGACUUAUAUUAACAUCAAUAAUAUUUUGUUACCAGUAUUUUUGGUAAAAAAAACAAAUUAAGAUAUAAAAAUUGAAAUGUGGAAAAAAAAGUUCAUGUAUUAUUUGUAAGAACUUAUAUUUUUGAUGGACAUUGUGCAAUGUGAAAGGAGAAACUUAGUAGUUUUAGCAUAUUAGAAAUAUUUUUAAUAAUGCAAUUUUCUGAGUGCAGAUGACAGUUUUUACAUUAAAAUAAUGUUAACAUCAAAAUUAUAUUUUUACAAUCUCAAAAUUAAGGUGAUAGUGAAAAAGUGGUGCUGCAUAAAAAUUCUAUCAUGUGAUUGUUAUUUUUCUUUAUAGUAAUACCCAGUUAUGUUUUCUUCAAUCAAGUCAUGCUGCCUUCAGUUUUCCAAUGUCAAAUGGACAGUCAAUAUGUACCGUUUUCUGUUUUGUAGGCAGAUUCUCGAAAGAACUUAGCCACAUAAUGUAAUGACUACAUAGACUCCAUCAAUCUAAUGUAUUUGUAAAUAAUAUGUUUUUAAAGACAUUGUGCCUAUUUAAAAAAAUUACUAAUGUACUUUCAGAAGUUUUAGGGAUGUGUUUAAUAACUUUACAGUAUUAUCAGUUAUUCCAUAUUGAGGUUUAUGUUUCCCUAUUUUAAACUAAAAUGUGUUUCUAAAGAAAAAUAAUGGUUCACACAAAUAUGCAAUCAUAGAAUAGCCAUCUUAAGCUGACUACUAAUGUUUAUAGAUUAUAAAGCAUGAAACUUGUGUAUAAAACUAAGUGAUCUUUUGUCUGAGGAAUAAAGACAAAAGUUAUAUGCAAGCUAGUUUUUGAAAUAAUUGAUGCUUCUCAUAAAAGAGAUGGUCACCAGAAUAGCUUAGUUUCACUGUUGGUCUGGGCAUUGAGGGAGAUAAUAUUUACAUCUUUGGAAAGUGAAGUCAGGAUUCAAGAAGUACUAGAAGCUUUACAUUUCUAGUGAUAAGAAAUAUUUACUGUAUCUUUCAAAAAGGAGGAAUUUUACCUUCAGGAAGGUGCUUAUUUCUUUGUAAGAGCAAACAGUGCUUCUAUAUCAGUAACAUCAGGAAUAAAAUUGACAUGUGGCACAAAUCCCAAGAAAUAGUUUUUAUUUUUUUCAAUUGGAAGUUAAUUCAUAAAUAGUCCUAUUUUCAUCAGGCCACUGAUAGUAGGAAUUUCUAAUUCCUAUAAUUCUGUUUUAAUUUCACACUUUGAUGCAGUGAGAAUAUUCUUUUUUUUUUUCUUUUUGAAGUUUUAAUUAAACUUUUUAAAUAAAUUUAUUUAUUUUAAUUGGAGGCUAAUUACAAUAUUGUAUUGAAAUACUCAUUUUAUCCAAUAUUCAGGGUCAGAAAAUUUCUGCAAUUAUAUCUGCAUUGGAUGAAUUUUUAUUUAUAGAUAGCUUACUCUUCCAAAAUACAGCUGUUUUUUUUAAAGUAAGCAAUGGCUGAAAGAUAAUUCCUUCAAAUAUAUUUUGAUAUGCUCUUAAAAGACCUAGUGUUUCAGUUUUCACAGUGUUAAAAGUACAUUGUUGAAGUUGGGAAGAAAUUUUCGUUUCUUAAUAAUAGUGCAUGAUUUUUAAAGUUCCUUUUUGUUUAAUAAAGUGAAUAUUAAAGUACUGAAGUACCUGGAAGAAGAAAUAAUGUAUACUUCCAAGAAAGAAUGGAAUGUUUUUCCAUUGCUUUAAUUUGUUAUUAUGAAUAACAUAUCAAAUUAACCUUUAGGGGAAAAUGAAAUGCUGACUAUCUUUGCAUUGUUUGAGCCUUACAGUAGGUGCUUAAAACUUAAAUCUUCAAAAUGUUUUGAUAAAUUAGAUGAUCUCUAACUUUCUUCUUCACACUAAAUUUACAGUGCUUAAAGGAUAAGAGAAAUUUUUUGAGAAAAAGAUUGCCAUAACCUCUGUGAUGUAUAGCUGAUAUAAAAAUCCAUUAACUUUUUAAAAAGCCAUGAGUAACAAUUGUCAAGAUACAGUCUUGUAUCCAGGUUUGCAUACUGACUCCAAUUGAAUCCAAAUUUAUGUAUAUUUUCUUGGACUGGCGAUGUUUGUAUCAGAUUUUAACUUAAAUAUAUUUUCUCAAGUAUUAAAAUUUAACAUAUA